AUGUCCCUCCACAGCAUGGAUUGGUUCCAUUGCAACCAGUGCUUCCGCCAAGAUGGCGCCAACUUUUGCAUCACCAGCUGUGGACACCUCUUCUGCAGGAAAUGCUUUGCCGCGGAGAAAUGCCCCAUUUGUGGAGCGACCUGCAAAUAUCUGUGUCUCGCUGAUAAUAUGAAACCCCAAGAAAAGAUCUUUUUCAAGAGCCCGGUGGAAACGGCCCUCAAAUAUCUGGCCCACAUCUCCCAGGUGUGGAGUUUCCAGCGGGCACAGAGCGAGCGGCUGCUCUCGUUCUACAAGGACAGGGCAUCCCAGGCGGAGGGGUCCCUGCAGGAGACGCGCCAGAAACUCUCCACCCGCGACAGGGAGCUGGAGGCGCUGAGGCGGGAGAACGAUGAGCUGAAAAAAUAUCUGAGCAUCCUCAAGGCCUCGCCCAGCCGAUGCCAGGGCAGCAGGGUCAGCACCCCCCGGCCAGUUGGCAUCACCUCCCCCUCACAGAGCGGUGCCCCGCGGCCCCGCACCCAGCUCUGCAGCCAGGUGGUCAGCCGCUCCUCCUCGCUGGACUCCAUCCCCUACCGCCUCUCCAGCACCCCCAGCUGGCUGCAGGCUCCGGGACCUACCCAGACCCCCACUGGCUCCAGCAUUGCCACCCCGUCUCCAGCCUCCACCCAGAGCCUGUCCUACUGGGCCUCCUCCUCCUCCACCCCGACCCCAGCGCUGGGCACCUUCCCCUUGCGCCCCCCCGGGCGGGGGCCAGUGGAGGGCGAGGCUGGGCAGGGCCGGCGCCCCCCCACACUGGCACUGGGCAUCUUUGCAGAUCUGAGAGAGGGGGGCACCCCUCGGGGGAGCCAAAGCACAGAGAGACCAAGACCCAUACAGCUAAGGUUCACCCCCCAACUCACCCCCUCCCAGCAUGGCAGGGCCCCCAGUGCCAGCCAGGCCCCCCAACUGUAGCGUGUGGGGCACAGAAACCGCCUGGGCUCCCCAGCAUCCGACGGACUCUCCCCUGCGGCCCCCUGGGGACCGGAGUGACUGUGCCU